AUGGUGGCUGGAAGUCUUCUUUGGCGACGGGUGGCUGGAUGCUGCUUGUUGCUGGUGGCCGCUGGGGGAUGCAGUGUGGGAGCUGAAAGCAACUUGCCCUCUUUUCUGUUUGUGCUGGGGGAUGACAUUGGCUGGGCAGAUUUUGGUUGCAACUGUCGCCAAGAGUGGUCAAAGGAUUGCCUCUACGGCCACUACGAGGGAACCAAUCAUUGCCAAGGCGGGGAAGGGCCGGGCGGCAACAACUGCUGCUUCAACUACUGGUGGCCCAAUGCUUCUGCAGCGCACGCCGUCUCCAACUACUCGCAGCCCAUCCCACAGGAUGAUUCACUGUACCUGACAGACAGCUUUUAUCACUUUUUGGCUGGGCGCGAUGGGGCGCCCUUUCUGGCUCAAAUCAGCUUCCAUAACUGCCAUAUUCCGUACAUUGGAACCCCUGAAGCACGUGCCGACUGUGCCGCCGGGCGGACGUGUCGACCUGGCAAUUACAGUGACGCCCAGCUGGACUUUUAUGCGUGUUUGAACGAGCUUGAUGCAGCUGUAGGUCGCCUCUUAACUGAUCUCGAGACGUUUGGUUAUCGCAAUAACACCAUGAUGUGGGUGACCACGGAUAACGGACCCGAGGGCAACUGCGAGGGCAGCGGAGAUGCGGCUGGGCGAUGUGAGCCCGAGCAUUUUCUCACUUAUCCAGGCUCUGCCGGGCCACUGCGGGGACGCAAGCGUGACAUUUUUGAAGGGGGACAUCGCGUGCCAGGUAUCGUGUCUUGGCCAGCCGUGGUGCCACGUAACAUGGUGUCUUGGGACACAGUGGUGACCAUGGAUUUUAUGGCCACCAUCAUGGAUGUGCUUGACGUCCAACGCCCUGCGAGUCAGGCACAGUGGGCAUUUGACGGUCAGAGCAUUAUGCCCAUUUUGACAGGCGAGGGUGAUUUUGAUUUGCGCGGCAUUGGCUGGAUGUAUCAAAAUCCGUCCCAGCACGGUUAUCGCUAUGGGCGCUGGAAGUUUGUCAACAAUAGCCAAGGGUGUAAACCGUCUUGCACGCAGGGCUUCUUGUAUGACCUCGAGACAGAUAUGGGUGAGACCACCGAUCUGAGCUCCGUAUACCCUGACGUUUUUUCAGCCAUUGUUGCCAACUAUACUGCUUGGUUCGAGUCGGUCAUGGUUUCACGCACCGAGGAAAAUGACUGUCACGGCUUUGACGACGCCUUGCAACAGCUCUCGCGCGAUUAA